GUGCGCCCUUCCCUUCCGCGCGGCCGCCCUCUAGCGGCGCCAUGAAGCACAGCGCCUUGCAGCUGGCGGCGCACCUCUGCCGGGCUCUGCAACAGCAGGACGAGGCGAUGGUGGCUGCCCUGCUCCAGGAGGGAGCCAACCCCAACUUGGUCCUGCCGGAGGGAGUGGCCGCCAUGCACUUGGCUGCCGGCCUGGAGCAGGAGGACGGGAUCCGUCAGCACCUCCUCCGCCUCCUCCUCCAGCACGGGGGAGACCCCAACAUCAGAUCUGCUGAAGGCCUCACCCCCCUGCAUGUGGCAGCCUCCUGGGGUCACAGCGCCUGCUUGAGGGUCCUGCUGGCCGAGGGUGGCGACCCUCACCUUGAAGACCAGGACGGGAGCACCGCCAUUGACCUGGCUGUGGAGCAGGGGUAUGAAAGAUGUGUCAGCAUCCUGCAGGACGAAAAGUGGAACAGCAGCUUCUCUCAGCGGAGAGCAGAAAGCUUCCUGUCCACCAUCAUGGAAGAUGCUGGGGAAACUGGACCGAGCGACUCUCUCCUUUAUCCAUCUGAUGGAUCCUCCCGGAAGGAGCCCUGUCAGUGCAGGGAGCCGUGUGGGACCUUCUCUCGGCCUGGGGGAGCUGCACCAAACGGCGCCCCUGGGCCUUGCACCCAGGAUCGGUCAGCCUCUUCCUUUCUCACCGAGUGUUCCUGGCAGGGAGACACAGUUUUGGAUCUAUCGGACUUCAGCCUCCAGCCAGGGGGCUCCCCCAAUGCCUCGCUGCCCUUCGGGAAGCCAGCCGUGACUCGUGCUGAUGUGCAGACGCUUCGGGAUGGCGAGGUGGGGUGCUCCCCGUUGGACACCGGUGUGAAGCGGUCUUGGGACACCCGGGACCCUGCAGAGGGAGAGUGCAGCUCACCCCGAGGCCCAGACACGGCCCCUUGUGGUCCCCUCUCUUUAGUGGGCAUCGAGGCUCUCUUGUUCAGACCGAACAUGCCACAUGCGGCAAGAUCCCCGCAGAAGACCCUGCCCUCUGCCAGCCUGGGAACCAAAUCUGAGCCAGAAGCGGGCCAACGCCAUCGCCCACAAGAUGCCAACACCUGUGACCUUUCUCCUGUGGGUGGCUCCCUGGAUCCGGGCCUCUCGGUGGGGCUCCAAAGCCAGGAUGGGCUGGAUGUCGCCUGCCCUGAUGGUUUCGCUCUCUGUUCCCGGGCUGAGUCCACAGCCGUGUCGGACUCGGGAAAGAUCAUGGUGGACCCGGCCUCUGUCCUGGGGGUCAGUGGGACUCCGGAUGGAUACUUGGCAAGAAGAAGGUCACUGGGCAGGUGCUCAGCCUCCAGCACUGACCAGUAUGUUUCAUGCAUUAGUGAAUGUUAUACAAGCACUGUGGAAGACCCAGAAUGCGGCUACGUUCAUGAGUGGGAAGAUGGGAAGGCUGCCCCUAGUGGCCCUGCAGAUGGCUGCAACACCAGCAAUGGAGGGUUGUGUUGUGGGCCACCCACCGGCCUGGGGACUCCCUUGGAGACGGGUCUCCAUGGCCAGAGGACUCUCCCCACCACAGGGGCUGCCCAGAUCUCUCCUGGGAGUCACGAUUUGGCUCUGCCUCACCCUAGGAACACGUGGGACAUCUCGCAGAGGAGGGGGGCAAGGUCCACGAUGGAUCCCCCAGAGAACAAGGCGACUUGGGAAGGGUCUGCGCUGGUGAUUGGGGGACCCGCUGAGACUUGGGGGCUACCCGUGGAACGUCCGGGGUCAGCCCUCUCUGGAGCAAGGGAAGAACUGGUGGAGGUGGGCACAGGGGGGAGUCUGCCAAGGUUGGCUCUCCCCACGAGCCCCCGGCAGGCAGAAGAGGGGCAACAGAGCUCGUCCUCUCAAGACACCGUUCCUGUCCAGUGGCCACAGGAAGAGAGGAAUCGUUUCCACGGCUGUGGGGGUCCGUUCGGGAUGAGCAGCACUGUGGGCAACACAGAGAUGGCCCUGUGUCCACCUGCUGGUGUUGGAGAAGAGUCCUCCAGCACUCUGGAUGCCCAGCUCCGGUCAAUGAUGCUGGCCACCAAGGUCGCCCACUCUCCUCCACUCCUCCCCUCAAACCGUCAGUGCUGCCCUGUGCCCCCCUGGCCCCAAAGCCCCCUGAUUGGUCCCCUUCCACACGAGAGCAUCAGCUCCUCCUCUCUCUUUGAGGAGCCUCUGGAGUUGCCGAAGCGUCCCAGGAGGGUCAGGAGGGGCCUCGGACCGGCCUCCCACCGAGAGCCUGUGAAUCUUGAGUGCUCGCCCCCCUCCGCGAGAGAAGCAGAGGAGACGGAGGAGGAGGGCAGAGCCAUCUCGGCUCUCCCCAGGAGCAGGAUGCCAUCCUUGAACCCAGGACCUCGCUCUUUGGGCUGCUGUCCUGCCAGCUCAAGGAGGGACAUUGGCAGAGGGGGGGAAGAGCCCUCCGGGAGGACAGAGUUGGAGGUGGAACAGCCCUCCCAGGGAGACGCUGCUCUGGACCACCCAGAGGGUCAUCUGGAGAGCUUGGGUGUCCGAGGGUUUCCGGGCAACAGAGUGGAGAAGACCUCCAGGGUCAGUUUCAGCCGACUGUCCGGGAGGGGCCCGUCUGCUGCUUGCUCCCCAGGAAGGUUGAGCCCCAUUAACCAGGAUUUGCUGUUGUCACCGGGGGGCCGGCCUAUGAACCUGAGCGCCACGGAGCCCGUGGAAUACCUCUAUGUGGAUGAGGAAGGGGGGCACUCCCUCGUUGAGCGGCACAUGCCCCCCACGGAUGACUCCGGGGCCAGUAGCUCCGAAGACACCAUCCUUUACGACUGGCAGGCGUAUACAGCGGUGGGCAGGCUGGGCAACGGGGGAAGCGCCCCCUUGAACCUGGAGGAAAUGACCGAUGAAGCCCUGGCACGCAAGCUGCGCGAGUUGGGGGCUGACCCGGGGCCGGUGACCCCCCUCACUCGGAAGCUGUACGUCUGGCUCUUGGAGAGGCUGAGCAGGGAGCCCGAGAACCUGGCCCGGAAGGGCUCUGCUGCCUACAGCCCAGAGCUGACGUCCUCUCUGGAGACCUACUGGAUCCCCAACUCCAGAGCCGAUGAGAUGGCUCUGGCCGCAGAGUUUGACCGGCCGGACAAGAGCCGCAGGUGGCGGGAGGGGCUGCUCAAGUCCAGCUUCAACUACCUGCUGCUGGACCCCAGGGUGACCCAGAACCUGCCCGCCCGCUGCCAGCUCCUCAGCUCGUCCGAGUGCUUCCGGACGUUCAUCCAGGCCAUCUUCUACGUGGGCAAAGGGACGCGCGGGCGGCCCUACCGCCACCUCUACGAAGCCUUGACCCACCACCGGGAGGGCCAGGGGGCGCCGGCAAGGCAGGUCUGCUUGAAAGUCCAGCACAUCCUGGAGAUCUGGGCCGGGGGGCAGGGGGUGGUCUCCAUGCACUGCUUCCAGAACGUCGUUCCCGCGGAGGCGUACACCCGCGAGGCCUGCAUGGUGGAGGCCAUUGGACUGAAGAUGCUGACCAAUCAGAAGAAGGGGAACUAUUAUGGCCUGGUGGCCGGCUGGCCCAUGAAACGCCGUCGCAGCCUGGGGGUCUUUCUCCUGCACCGAGCUCUCCAGAUCUUCCUCGGGGAGGGCGAGAGGCAGCUGCGCCCCGCUGAUAUCUGAACUGGCCCUUGACCCCGGGGUCCCGGGGGCCCUUCCCUCCAAGCAGACCCUCUGGAUCCGGAGCUCCACCGUGGGGGGGUCGCCUUGAUCCCUCGUUCACACAGCCGAGGGUCCAGAUUGUGAAAUUGCUCCUCUUCUUGACACUGAGCGGAGACGGAGGGCUGCACCCGUGUUCGGAAGCGAUUUUGGGUGGGGGUCCCAGUUGCAUCCAGUCAUGUCCUGGGAGAGAGUCCCCCCCCAAGAAGCCCCAGUCAGUUCUUCUGUUCUGGGAACAAAAGACGCAGUUCUCUCAUCGUUCAGGUUCUCUGCGGGCUGGAGACCCCUUUUUAUGUCUGGCAGUGGGGACUUUUUAGAAAAAUUCUGGGGCUGCAUUAUGUUUUUAAAGACUUUUUUUCCAUUUUCCCCUCAUCUGGGAUUGGGGGCAUUAAAUGAGUUUUUUUUUAGGGGGGCAAAAA